GCCGUUGGGGAUAGCAGUGAUCGCGGUGAAGAUACGACGACUGAGUCCAGUAGAGCGUUUGAAGCCUUUAUUGAAGUCUUCAACAACUUCAACGCUCACUCCGCCGACUUCUUCAAAGCCUCCAUUGGAGCAAAUUUCUGCUUCAUCGGCUGAUCCUUUGAACAAGAAUUUCGUCUCAGAUGGGUAAGAAGCAUGUUAUGCUGCCGGCGAAUCAGGUGGAUGUAUCUGUUGUCAAAUAUGAUACGGAAGACAUCAAAGCUCCUCAUUUGACUGGGUUUGCAUUUAAGUUGUUCGUUAAGAUGCUCGAAGCUCCAUUUAUUGGUCCGUUGAUUGUGGCUUCUUUUAAAAAGAAUAAUGGCAUGACUGAGAUGUUCCGGAAUAGAGUGAUACCUGAAGCGCCCAUGUUUAAGCCAGAAUUUCCAUCCCAAGAUCCGGAGCUUGGUGUUUUCACUUUGGGCGAAGAUGCAAGUCCUAUAGAUAGAGUGGAAACAGCCUUAAAGUGUCUUCCUCGUUCUGAUCCUUCUAGUGGCGUGACUGCAGAUCCUAGUUCUUCCUUCCGGUACUGGAAAAUACGUGAUUUUGCAUAUGCUUAUCGCUCUAAGCUUACAACUCCAUCUAAGGUAGCAGAACAAAUAAUCACGGUCAUUGAGGAGUUUAGGUAUGACAGAUCUCCAACUCCAUUAUUCGUUACUUUUGAUCCCAAUGAACUCCGAAAACAGGCUGCAGCUUCUACUCAGAGGUUUGAAGAAGGAAAUCCAUUAUCUGUCUUGGAUGGAAUUUUUGUGGCAAUUAAGGAUGACAUUGAUUGCUUCCCUCAUCCAACAAAGGGUGGAACAACAUGGAUGCAUGAGGUCCGCUCUGUUGAAAAGGAUGCAGUUCCUGUUUCAAGAUUGCGCAGUUGUGGUGCAAUCUUCCUUGGCAAGACAAAUAUGCAUGAACUAGGCAUGGGAACCACGGGGAACAAUUCGAAUUAUGGAACCACAAGAAACCCACACGCACCUGACAGGUACACUGGUGGAUCAUCCUCAGGGUCAGCAGCUAUUGUAGCCUCGGGACUAUGUUCUGCUGCUCUUGGAACAGACGGCGGAGGUUCAGUACGCAUCCCUGCAUCACUUUGUGGUGUAGUGGGAUUGAAAACGACAUAUGGUCAGACGGAUAUGAAAGGGUCAUUAUGUGAAGGUGGAACCGUGGCAAUAAUUGGUCCCAUUACAUCAUGUCUGGAAGAUGCCAUACUGGUGUAUGCAGCAAUUUUGGGUUCUUCUGCUGCUACCAAAAUCUCCUUGAACCCGCCUCCUCCCAGUUUGCCAAACUCAUUGACAGACAAAGGGGAGGAUACUAUAGGAUCUAUACGACUUGGGAAGUACACAAAGUGGUUUAAUGAUGUUCAUUCAAACGACAUCUCAGACAAAUGCGAAGAAAUUCUUACACUGCUAUCGAAAAGUCAUGGUUGUGAAUUGGUGGAGAUAGUAGUACCUGAACUGGAAGAGAUGCGAGCUGCCCACCUUGUUUCCAUUGGGUCUGAAACAAUGUCUUCUCUUACUCCUCACUGUGAAGAUGGGAAAAAUUCAAAACUAAAUUAUGAUACCCGUACCAGCUUCACGAUUUUCCGGUCAUUCUCUGCUUCAGAUUACGUCACUGCACAAUGUUUUAGGCGAAGAUUGAUGUACUAUCACAUGGAGAUAUUCAAAAAAGUCGAUGUCAUUGUGACCCCCACAACUGGAAUGACUGCACCCGUAAUUCCACCCGAGGCGCUCAAAUCCGGGGAAACAAAUAUGCAAGUGUCAGCUUAUCUCAUGCGAUUUGUUCAGGCAGCAAAUCUGCUUGGCUUCCCGGCUAUCUCAGUUCCCGUAGGGUAUGAUAAAGAGGGACUUCCCAUUGGAUUACAAAUAAUGGGGAGACCAUGGGCUGAGUCCACUAUCCUCCGCUUAGCUGCCGCCGUAGAGGAGCUGGCUCCAAAUAAGAAGAGGCCUGCUUUGUUUCAUGAUAUUCUCAAGACGGACUGAGCCCCAAACCGCCGACCUUACGCACAAACAAUUCAUUGUCAACGGUCCAAAGGUGGAAAUUCUUUCUUCCCAUGAAUAUGUCACAUAAUCAAUGACCGAUUUGGGUAUCACAACCAGUAAUGGAUAACGAAAACUAAAGUUUUUUUGAGAAAUAAGAAACGCGUUCUGGUG